AUGGCGUCGUCUAAUAAACCACCUCCAGUUCCACCUCGUCCUGCCAAUUUGCCGCGCCCCACUAUGCUGCGUUCUGAGCCCUAUGAAAGUCAGAGAUCCUCCAGAUGCAGAUAUAUAGUUUUGGUGUAUCUUCUAGUCGUAGUAAUACUACUGCUUGCCUUGGUUCAAUGGGAACUUGUGUCAUACUAUAAACCAUUGACAGAUCUCUUUUUGGCCAAGUACUGGAUUAGCGUAUCAUGCAUGGGGAUCUCAGUUCCACUUUUGGCCACAUUCCUGCUUAUACAGCAAAUUCGAUAUUUACCAAUUCUUGGAUGGUUGCUAAUGUGCUCCUUGGCUGCUUACUGUCAUGCACUCAGCUUUUUGAUUUACUUUACCAUAACUGCAAUUCUGGUGAUCGUCUUUGUGCUAAUUGGAUCCUUUAUUCCCUGCGACCUAACUGCUAAUGUGGCUAUGUUGUUCAUAUUUACCAUAUACCAUGCUCAACUAAUCCGAGGUUGGCGGUAUGCAGAACUAUAUGCCACCGAUGGACUCUUUGCCGUGAUCGUCAUUUUCUGUCACUUCUGCAUUAUCCUGAUGCUUUUCUGCUUUUUGGAUUGGUCACAAGCUAACGAACUUGAUGAUACUGAUUCUUCUUCAGCAGCUUACAGGGCUCUGUGGCCAUUGGUCUCCUCAGCUGUCACUGAAAAUGAUUUUUUGGGUCAGACCACUCAGGACAUCAGGCGCCUGCUAAGCCCACUCGUCGACAUUAUAAUAACAUCCAUCAUUCUGGACCAUACACAAAUGACAACAACUGCCAAAAAGUAG